GACUCUUGAAUAACAUGAUGAUAAUUAUAAUAAUAAUGAUAACAAAAGCAAGAGACAAAGAAGAAGAUAUGUAAUUUUUUUUUUUAUAUAUAUCUCUUGCAUGAAGUCGCACGGUGUGUAGAUUUGUAUGUUGAAAAUUUUGUAUUGAAAUGUAGAUAUAAAUAAUUAUUAUUAUAAAACCAGUGGAUAGGAAAAAAAAAAUGUAGAAAAUUAUGAACAGAUAUUGUUUAAAACUGGAGAGAUAUACUGGUAAUCAGAGAUUGUUUUUUUUUUUUUUUUUUGUAUGAAGAGUGUCAAUAUGUACUGAUAAAACAAACUGGUGAAUCCGCCCUUAAUUUUUUUAUAAUAUUUAUUUAUCAAUUUGUAAUUGAUUUCGUAAAUUAUUUGUAAAUGUGUUGAGUGUGUUGAUUAAUCAUCGUGAUCACCAUCAAGUGCCUCAUCAAUAUUUAUAUUUUGUGUAUUUUUUUUUUACACAAUGACAUAAAAAAAAACAAAUGGUGAUAAGAAGAUUAUGAAUUAUCUUGUGUUUUAUUAUUGAAAAAUAAUAAAAAAUUAUUAUCAAAGUUAGUUGAUAAUUUAUAGACUAGAAUAAAACGGAUAUUAACAUAUUUAUUUUUAUAAUUGGGAAAAGAAAAAAAAAAAAAGUAAAAGUGGUCUGACUGCAAUGUCUAAAUUUUAUUACAAGUGUCACGUCAUUUAGCUACAAAUGAUUCAUCAUUGAAUUGAUAUUUAUUUUAUCUCAUGAUAAGACUUGUUUUUUUGUUAUUAAUUUUUGUAUUUAAUUUUCUUUGUUAAAUAAUGUGAUGAUAGUAAAAAUUAAUAAUAAUCGAAAAACAAGUUUUUAUUUUAAAUCAAGAUGAGUGUUUUUGGUGAUUUUCAAAGGGUUUGGGUGGAAAGAUUUCCUGACAGUUCAUUGCCUGCUGCGUGGGAGGAGGAUGUCAGGGCUAAUUUAUUAAAACACAAAGAAAAAGUUGCUGGCUUGAGAGAAGAACUUGAAAAAGAAGAAUUUUAUGUUGAAUAUUUAGAGAGAUUAUUGGCAGAUGUUGAACAUCAUAAAAAACUUGCUGAAACAACAAAUACAUCAAUAUUAUUAACAAAUCCAUCAAUAAUAAAAAAUGAUGUAAAAAAUAAUAAAAAUAUAAAUGAUAAUAAAUUAUUAAAUUGUGAAAAUAUAAAUAAUAAUGGUAAUGAUGAGCCAUCAGCACCACCAGAAGAAUCACCAUUAUCUGAGCAAUCACCAGAAAUACCAGUUAGAAAAGACAUAAGUAAAUUACAAGAUAAAUGUGUAUCUGAAUUAAGUUAUUCAUUAGCAACAUCAAAACGUCCAAAAAGUGAAAUACCAAAUAAUUAUAAUAAAUUAUUAUCUGUACAACGUAGAAAUAGUGAUACAGAUAUACCAAGUAAUUAUAUAACAGUUAUUGAAGUUACAGGAAGUAGUAAACGUGAUAAAAAUGAUGAUGAUGAUGAUGAUGAUAAUGAUGAUGAUAAUAAAUUGAAUGAAUUAAAUAAAGUUAAUGAAGAUACAAAUGGUGAAAUUGAACAACAACAAGAAGGAGUAAAAAAAAAAAGUAAUAAUAAAAUUAUUAUUGAAGAUAGUGAAGAUGGUGAUGCUGAAAUAUCAGAAGAUGAACCAUUUUAUGAUUCAGUUCCACUUGAUCAAACUGGUGAAUAUGUUUAUAUUGAUUCAAGAUUACCAAUAAUAAAUAAAAAUAAUAAAUCAUCAUCAACAAAAAGACCACCAUCAUUACCAGAUUCACCAGGUAAUCGUAGUAAUUAUGUUAAUAUUGAUUAUUUUAUACAACACAGAACAACAAUUGAUUCAGAGGAUGAAGAAAAUAUUGUAACAUCUGCACCACAAAUUUUAUUAAGAACAUUAAGUACAGAUAAUGAAACAUUUAAUAAUAGUGAUACUGAACGUACAAGUUUAAGUGAAGGUAGUUUAGAAUCACCAACACCAACAACACCAAGACGACAAUUAAAUAAAGAUAAAAAAAUUAAUAAUCAUAAUAAUGAUGAUGAUGAUAGAAUAUAUAUGAUUAAAUGUAUUGUUAAUUCAGUUGUUGAAUCAGAAACAAUAUAUGUUGAAUGUUUAAAUGUUAUGUUACAAUAUAUGAAAGCAAUACGUGCAACAUUAACAACAUCACAACCAGUUAUUAGUGAAGAAGAAUUUGGUACAAUGUUUUAUAAAAUACCAGAACUUUAUGGUUUACAUAAAAAUUUUUUGGAUGAAUUAAGAAAAAAAUUAGAUAAAUGGGAAAUUAAAACAACAAUUGGUGAACAAUUUAAAUUAAUGGCUAGUAAUAUUAAUCUUUAUGGUGCAUUUUUACAUAAUUAUGCAAGAGCAACUGAUACUGUAAGACGUUGUUCAGCACAAUCAUUACAAUUUGGUGAAAUAACAAAAGAUAUUAGAUUAAAAGGUUUUCCAAAAGGUGGUCCUGGUUUAUCACUUGAAGAUUUAUUACAUAAACCAGUUGCAAGAGUACAAAAAAAUGCACUAGUAUUACAUGAUUUAUUAAAACAUACACCAACAAAUCAUGCUGAUAAUAUACCAUUAACUGAAGCAUUAACAAUGACAAGAAAUUUUUUAGAUGAAUUUAAUAUUAUACAAACAAAAUCAAUGUUUCCAACUCAUGAUAGAGCACAAAGAAGACUUGUUAAAAAUUCAUUUAUUGUUGAAUUAUCUGAUGGUCAUAGAAAAUUACGUCAUUUAUUUUUAUUUAAUGAUGUUAUUGCAUGUGCUAAAUAUAAAGCAUCUGGUAGAGAUAAAUUUACAUUUGAAUUAAAAUGGUAUUUACCUGUAUCUGAAGUAACUGUAUCAGAUGAUGGUAUUGAACCAAAAGAAACAAAUCCAGCAAAUGUUGUAUCACUUAGAUCACAAGCAUGUACUGUUAGAGAUCAAAUAUUAUGGGAAGAACAUAAUGAUGAAAAAAAAAAUCGUAUUGGUUCAAGAUGUUCAGAAAAAAAUCGUAAAAAAUUAGCUGAACUUGAAGCACAAUUGGUACUUGCAUCACCAAAUUUAUUAUUACGUGUUGUUCAUAAAAAUCAAUCACGUAUACAAACAGCAUAUACAUUUUUUUUAUCAAGUGAAUUUGAAAAAAAUCAAUGGAUUGAAGCUGUUGAAGCAUUACAACAAGGUGGACAACCACCAGGUAUAUUACCAUUAUCAAUGUAUGAAUUACAAGCUUGGGUAACUGCUUGUAGAACAUAUUUACAAACUGAUAUGGGAUCUUAUCUUAUGAGAUCAGGUAGAGAUGAAAGUUUAUUACUUGGUGAUUUACAUUUAACACUUGUUGGUUUAACACCACCUGGUCUUGAUAGACCUGGUGAACUUUAUAUUGUUGUUGAAGUUGAUAGUUAUGGACAUUAUUUUAAACGUGCUAAAAGUAGUAUUGCCAAAGGUAAAACAUCAACAUGGGGUGAAACAUUUGUUGUUGAACUUGAAGGAAGUCAAAAUUUAAGAAUUUUAUUGUAUGAAGAUUGUAGUGGAAGAUCUGUAUUACGUGGUAAAUGUACACAAAAAUUAAGUAGAAGUUGGCUACAAUCUGAUCCAGUUGAAAGAGCACUUAAUUUAGGUCCAGCAAGUCUUGAUGUUGGCUUGACAUUUGUACCAAGUGAAGUUACAUUAAGAAGAGUACCAUCAGCAAAACCUCAAGGUCUUUUUGGUGCUAAAAUACAAUUAGUUUGCAAGAGAGAAAAGCGAAAUGUUCCUUUUAUCAUAACUGCGUGUGUCAGAGAAGUGGAACGUAGAGGAAUGGCUGAAAUUGGUCUUUAUCGUGUAUCUGGUUCUGCAUCAGAUGUUACUAAAUUGCGAAAGUCAUUUGAAAGCAAUUCAUAUGAAGCUGAACAACUUUUAAAAGAAGUUGAUGUACAUUCAGUAACUGGUGUAUUAAAAUUAUAUCUUCGUGAAAUGCCAGAGGCAUUAUUUACUGAUGCACUUUAUCCAUCUUUUCUUGAGGCAUUUCAAACUGGUGAAAUAACAAGAAGUGGUUGUCUUCGUCUGGUUUACGAAAAUUUACCAAGUGUUAAUAAAUCAGUUAUUGAUUUUAUUCUUGGUCAUCUUGGAAAAGUUAAUAAACAUGAAGCACAAAAUAAAAUGUCACUUCAUAAUCUUGCAACAGUAUUUGGACCAACAUUAUUAAGACCAGGUAUAAGUAAUUCACGAACAGAUCCAAAAAGUCGUGAUCCACUUGCUGCUGGUACUGUUGAUGUUAUGGCACAAGCUGGUAUAUUAUAUUGUUUUUUACAAAUGAAUAUUCGAGAAAAUAAUCAAUCGCUUUAAUCUAGUCCAGACAUAUAUAAUACAAAAUUAAAUAAUAACAAUGAUAAUAAUAAAAUAAAUAAAAAUAUAUAUUUAAUCAUAAGAACACAAUAUUGAAAUUAAUGAGCAAUAAAUUUUUUAUUAUUAUCAAUGCUCAUCAUUAUUAUUAGUAUUAUUAUAUUUUCAUUGAUUUUUUUUUUUUUAUUUUAAAUUCAAUUAUUAUCCAAUACA